AUGGCGGCGGAGCAGCAGCAGCCACAAGGGGUUGAGCUGCACGGUCUGAGCGAUGAGGCGGCCUAUAGAUUUUAUGCUGCAACAGACGAUGCUCCGGAUAAAAGAUCCCAAAAAGUCCUUGGAAUUUUAUACAAAUGUUCUUGGAAUGACGAAAGAGAUAUCAAAGAACAUAUUGAGACAUUGAAUUAUGUGACUGAAGGAUUCAACUACAUCAAGCUCAGUUUGCCAGUUUGCCCAGUGUCUGUUGAAAAGGCCGGUUAUGUAGAGGAUGUAGAGUGCGGCAAUACCCUGUUUGUACAGGAAGAGAUCAGACCAGUCCCUCUGCUGAUUCCUACAGACAUAAGAUGUGAUGGCUUGCGUUGUCCAAUUCCACCUAUAGAGAGUCAGCUCACUAACCGAGAGCCAGAGCUGAGUAGCGCCAUCAUUCAGGAGUUCCAGCUAAUUGUGCCUUAUAUUGAGACCCUCAUCAGCGAUACUGAGAAUGGCACUAGUGUUAAAGGAAUCAUUUUGGGCUUCUUGUUACCAGAAAUCUUUGCCUUUCUACUGGAAUUCUGUUAUGGACACUGGUCCAGCAGAAAGAAGGAAGAAAAGGAAAAAGAUGAGGCCCCUUCUGAGAGAGAGAAGGAAAGGCCACAACGUCCUGCUCUAACCCAUGAUAACAUGGAGGAAGAAUUUGGAGGCACUAAGAAAAAGAAAAAACAGCGCCACUCUGAGACUCAUGAUCACCAAAGCUCAGAGAAACCAAAGAGCAGUGAAAGAACAACAGCAGAAGAGGAAACGGAAUUAAAGCAGCUUUUGCAACAGUUCAUCUGCCAAUGCUUGGAAGGAGAUUUCUAAGGAGAAGACAUAAGGAGAAGUGGGUUGGAGGGAGGAAACAACUUCUCCAGAUUUAACAUUUCCAUACAGAAUGG